GAGAGAUCAGGAAGAAAACAAAGUACACAGAUAAUACCGGGGUGCUCACUGCAAAAUGCAAGAGGCUGCCUCUUCCAUUGUGACCUGAGAGUUGAGCAGCUGCUGCUUCCCCAUGGGGGUCUGUGCUGGGGAGAGACCUUCCUUCAUGCUCCUUAUGUACCCAGCCAAGUGCAGGGGGCUUUCUCCCGCUGGAUCUAGCCCCCUAGGGCAACCCUGGGCUCUACCAGCAUCAACUCCUGAGCUGGAGACUUCAGGCUGCAGAAUGACGUCCAUGUUUCACUCCAGCUCAUGCCAUCCUCCUGUGGGACAGGGAAGAGAAAUGGCUGCAUUAGAGCCAGUUCAGGGGCUGGUGACCUUCGAGGAGGAGGCUGUGUAUUUCACCAGGGAAGAGUGGGCUCUGCUGGGCCCAGCUCAGAGAGCCCUAUGCAGAGACGUCAUGCAGGAGAACUAUGAGAAUGUGACCUCGCUGGCAGGGUUUUCAGUCUCCAAACCUGAUGUGAUCUCCCAGCUGGAAUGAGGGGAGGAGCUGGGGGUCCUGGAUCUCCAGGGUUUAAAG